AACAUUACGAAGGUAAGUGUUGUUGGGUAAGCUAAAAAAACUAGAGCAAAUGGCGGCAGCAUCAGCAGUAGGAGCCCCAACCUGUCACCGGCUCCACUCCCUCCUCCACCGCCCAUCACCGCCAUCUUCUUCCUUCUCCCUUUUCCUCAAACCCCUUCUCAUCUCCACCACCACCGUCUCCACGACUCCAUUCAUCCCACGCCGUAGAAUUAUCUCUCCUUCCCUCCCUUCUCGUCCUCUCCUCUUCUGCCACUCUUCCACUCUCUCCCACUCUCCUCCUGCCCCCAAAGCCUCUGUACAAGAAGCAGAAGAAACCCAACAACUUGAAAUUCCAGAAGAUGAUGAUAACGAUAAUGGUGAGGAACCCGAGAUUGAAAUUGAGAACUUGGAUAAUAAGGAAAAUGCCCAAGUGGGUUUGGAGUCUUCUUCGGGUUUGAAGAGAGAUGGGGUCAAGCCACCAAGCCUUACGGUGAAAGAAAAGAAGGAACUUGCGUCCUAUGCUCACAGCUUGGGGAAGAAGCUCAAGUCCCAGUUGGUGGGAAAGUCCGGUGUUACAGCCAGUCUUGCAGCUUCUUUUGUAGAGAAUCUUGAAUCCAACGAGCUUCUCAAGGUAAAAAUACAUGGAACAUGCCCGGGAGAGCUAGACGAUGUGGUGAAACAAUUGGAGGAAGCAACUGGUUCAGUUAUUGUUGGUCAAAUUGGUAGAACAGUGAUUCUAUACAGGCCCAGCCUCACCAAGUUGAAAGCAGAGGAGAAAAGGCAGCAGAUGCGGAAGGUAUUUAUGAGACGAAAGACGUAUUCGAGACCCACAUCGGUGGAAUUUCAGAAAAAAGGAGAAAGACCAAGUACGUUUGGGCGUGAUAGCCGAGGAAGAACUAGGGUCUAAAUUCCUGUCACAUUAGGGUUAUGGUAAUAUUAUUCUGGAGCUGUGUUGACAAGGUUCUGGGGGAAGGAGUUCUUACAUUUUACCUUCAAAGCUUUGCAUUGUGUGGAUACUGUGGAAUUUUUGUUGCAAAGUCAAAUUUAAACUGAACCUAAAAAUGAAAUUGAAAGGUAACCUGGGAUCUUGCUGAAA